UUCACACCAGAUGAGAAUAACAAUUUAGAAAAGGUUUCAUUAAAAUAAUAAUACUUUGUUUCAAAACGUGUCUGAGCGUAAAGCAGGUGCCAUUAGUAAAAUGCGAAUUCAUAACCUUUAUAUAUGGCUUUUGCAUUUUUAUUUUUGGUGACAUUUCUGCGUUACGUACAUUUUUUACCAAAAUGUUUGUUCUCUUGCAUAUUUAGGGCGUAAUAGUAAAAAGACACGAACAAAAACUGUAAAUAAAAUGCACGAUGUCUCCCUCUAAACUUUCUCCGAAAUCAUUUAGUGGCGAAAAGGCAAGUGCGGAGCAUGGGUUUGACGUCAGGAGCUGCGGACACCGGCGAGCGCGCUCAGACACAUCUGUCAAAUAUCCAAACAGUGUCUGGCGCACCUGGCAUAAAGUUCCCGUGCAGAGCUCCACAUUCACCGCGAGCGUGAUGAAUUACAACAAGUCUGCCAGUGUCAGCGGUCCGUCCCGUAGCAACUCCGGUUCGGUGGACGAGCUUGUGAUAACAUCGACUUUCGGGACGCUGCUUUCGGUGGUUUACAUCGUUGGAGUUUCGGGGAAUGUCUACACGCUGGUAGUCAUGUGCCAUUCCAUACGCUUCGCCACUUCCAUGUACAUCUCCAUCAUCAACCUGGCGCUCGCGGAUCUUCUUUACCUCUCCACGAUUCCUUUCGUGGUGUGCACGUACUUUCUGAAGGACUGGUACUUCGGGGAUGUGGGCUGCAGGAUACUGUUGAGUCUGGACCUGUUAACUAUGCACGCGAGUAUAUUUACUCUGACAGUGAUGUGCAUGGAGCGCUACCUGGCAGUGACUAAACCGCUGGAUACUGUGAAACGCUCCAAGAGCUACCGAAAAGCUAUGGCGUGGGGAGUUUGGAUUUUGUCCCUCGUCCUAACUCUUCCCAUGACGGUCAUGGUAAACCAGACUACUAAAACAACAGCAGAUGGAGGUGUGAAAAGGAUGUGUGCGCCCACCUGGGCACCCCAGGCGUAUAAAUUGUACCUGACCGUCCUGUUCUGCACGAGCAUAAUGGCGCCAGGGCUUGUCAUAGGUUACUUGUACACCAGACUAGCCAGGACGUACCUAGAGUCCCAAAAGACGUCGGCUAUUAAUAAAAGCAGCAAGCGCUCGCCAAAACAGAAAGUUUUGAUAAUGAUUUUCACGAUCGUGCUCGUGUUCUGGGCGUGUUUUCUGCCCUUUUGGAUAUGGCAACUUGUGCCCUUGUACCACAAGCCCUUCAGUCUCGCCUCACACACGCACACGAGCAUCAAUUACCUCGUGGCGAGUCUGACCUACAGCAACAGCUGCAUCAACCCGUUUCUGUACACGCUCCUGACCAAGAAUUAUCGGGAGUAUCUUAAAAACCGCCACAGGAGUUUUUACCGCUACACGUCGUCGUUUAGAAAGCGCCCACCGAGCUUGUACUCUUGGGGAAAGUCUGCGUCAUCCAGUAAUCAGUUUGAGUUCAACUCUGAGACGCUUGUCAUGGCGCAGUUAAAGGUGAUGCAGUGAAGAGAUUGGAAAGCUUAACCCGUUCGUGUAAAGGGUUCCUGUCACUCAUCCGUCCCUUUGAGCUGGUUGGAUCCUACGGCAGGGAGGGGUUAUCAAUGGCAUAAUCGGGGUCACAUGUGAAGGACACCGUAAUGGCAUAUCGUGUACCC